GCCAUACAGUCCGGACUUGGCACCAAUUGGUUGAAAAAAAGGAACGGAAAAUUAUUUGAUAUCGUCCCUCUAAAUAAAUCGAUGUUAAGGGACGCAAUUGAAAAAAGUUCAACGCUUGAUGGGCUUAGUGUUAUAAGUAAUACUCUGAAUAAAAAUCAUUCGCAAGAUGAAUUUGUUGUUCAAGUUGUUGUGCCUUCGUCAGAGGAGGAAUCAUCGCAAUUGUCAGAAUCGAAGGAAAAUCACGAAAAUAUUAACGAUGGCUUCGAAAAGUCAACGAAAGAAAAGUCUCAACCAAAUACUCCGCGCAAGAAGGAAUUGAACGAAGCUGCCAAGCUCUGCAUUCGAAAAAAGAAGCUUCGUCGUUGCAUAUCUAAUGUAAUAACUUGGAGAAAAAAUAACGAUGUGUCAAACCGUCAAUCGAGUGAUUCCGCUGAUUCGGAUCUUAACACAGGAUUAACGUGCGGUACUCUCCCUCGCAUCAAGAAUCUUUUUACCAGGAAACUGCCAUUGAAAAAUCGCAAUUGUUCAUCAGCUAAAGAAAGGCCAGCAAUUACCGCCAUAGAUUUGAAUGUAACUGAAUUAAACAAAUCCUGGUUAAAUCGAUUGAAUUCGCCGACAAAAGUUAAUAAACUAUACACCUUAACAGCUAUGUCAACGCCUUCAAGUAAUACGGUUAGUGAUGUGAUAUCUUCAGUAGACUUAGUGGAGCACUCGAAGAAAACAACAAUAACCAAAACUAAACUUGCUAGAAAGCUCAUCGAUAGCUUUAUAGAUCAAGGAUUUGAAACGGGUUCCAAUGGAAUUGAAAGCCCAAAAUCUAAUAGUCCGACAAUUAAUAGAAGUGAAAUGCUAAUCUUCACUGAUGGCGACGAAAAAUACAAGACGAUAAAUAAAAUUACACAUCAGGGCGGUGUUUCCUUUUCGCCAACGCCGAGCAAAGUUACCAAUCCAGAUUCCCAAGCAAAUAUGUUUAGUGUGACUAGUACUAAUUUCGUGGAAAAUCUUAUACCGAAUGCUUCAAAAUUCGUAUCAGGUCCUCGUAUUGGAAACCCCGACGUAGUCAAAAGCAGCGAUAUUGGCUAUAUCGAAUUGGACUCACUCAGAGCAGAGACCUUAGAUCAACAAAAUGACUGGGCAUCGCUUGAUAGUGUGGAGCUGAUAAAUCCAAAUAAUUCGUUAAGCUCUGACUGCAAAUUUUCAACCAUAGCUAUGGGAAAUAUCGAAACAAAUGAAUGGCAUGAAUUGGAAUUGGAAGAGCAUAUGCAAAAUUGUUUCCCUUUGCCAGAUAAUACUUGCAACUUUGUAACGAAUCAUUUAAAUGCAUCUCCGGAAUAUCAGCGUGAAUUACUUAACAUAUUCCUUGCCAUUGAUAAAAUGGGUAAGGAUGGUGCUUUUCAAUUUUGUUCUGACGAACAGCUUAAAAGUUUCAUGUACUUUUUGAAUCAAUAUGCUACACACUGCUUGACGACUUGUAGAGAACAUAUUAAAGCUAUUUCCCAUAUGGUUGCAAUGCGUUCUGAUCGUGUCAUGGUAAUGAAGUUUCUAAAAGCACGUUUUAAAAUGGUGAAAAAUUUAUUAAUUCCGGUGUACACUCGUGUAGAAGAAUUGAAGCGAAAUUUCGAGAUAAAAUUAUCUAUAAAACUGCCUGCGGAAAAGGAAUUCAAAUAUGAAAAAAUGGAGAGAAAAUCGAAAAUUAAAGAAAUCAUUUCUCUAUUUGAUACAAAAAUCCCUAAAAUUAUCCAUAGUACCAAAGGAGAAAGAACAAAUUUUGAAACAUUGACAAAGGAACAAUCGCCGGAGAGAGAGCAGCAACCAAAACCGAAUAUCGUAUUGAUUAAAUCCAUUCCUAAAUCACAUCAUAAUUUUGCCCAUAAUGAAAACCAAAAGAGCAACAGUGCUCGAAAAUCGCCAGUGAUAAAAUAUGCAAAAUCCUUAAAUAAUGAAAAUGAAAAAUCUCAGCUUCAGCACCCAUUAAAUGAGCAAGAUAUUAGUCAACUUUCUGUGAAAAAUAAAAUUCUUUUGUAUACAAAAUUCAUAGAGGACAUGUUAAAGGGAAACGCAAAGUAUGAAAAUAAAAAUAUAAAUUGUUAUCAAGAAAACGUAUUGCAAGCAUCAGUUAAACGUUUAGUCGAAGAAUACGAAAAACGGUGUCGCCUAACUCAGCAGAGUUUUUCAGCCAAAAGCCAAGGUCAAUUAAUAGAAGAACUGGAUGAGAACGAAGCUCACUCAUGGCAUAAAGCGUCUGUAGAGGUCGGCGAAAUAAAUGAACAACCUACACCUGCUAAGAAUUUAAAGAUAACUAUCAAUAUUAACAAAUUUUCAAAAGAAGCUGAACAGAAUCAUGACUUUGGCUCGCCAAAAACAGUUUUAGUAAACGUUAAUGCAGACAACACACGAACCCGUAAAAAAUGCAAUGAGGAUAUGUUUGAUAUUUCAUCUAAUGAAAAUACCGCUGUUAUGCUACAAGACAACUUAUCGCUGCUUCGAAGUCAGGAAUGGAAAGAGCUAUUUCAUAAUUGGCUGAAAAAACGAGGUGAAAGCUUUUCUAAGUCGAAUUUUGUUGGAAACGCAGUUGUAUUUCCAUCAAGUAACAGUAAAUUAACGGAAUCUUCUCUGCUGUCGCAAAAAUGCGCCUUUGAUAAAUUCUUAGAGGAAGCUGUAGAAAAACUUAAAAACGAGUGUUCGAUAGGUAAAGAAACUGUUUGUGUCGACGAGAGGAAGAACGAUUCCAAUGAGUCUGCAGAUUUCCCGCAAAAUGUUAUAUCAGACGACAUUGCUUCUGCUUGUAAAGCUAAAAGUCUAGAAACUGAAUCGGGCUUAUUAAGUUUAUCCAAGAACACCAACGUUGGUUCACAAUAUGAACAACAUGAAAAUCAUAACAUUUGCGCACUUAGUCGAAAGAAAAAGAAUUCCGAAUUUAUGCCAUCAGUAAAACUACCACGCACAAAAGAAUCAUGUCAUACGGCCACUCGUGCAAAGGAAAGUUCUAAUAGUUCCUUCGAUUCCGAGAGCGAUUUUGAAUUUUUCACUUCAAACCAAGCUAAAAAAUUGUUAGCGGAAAGGGAAAGCACAAAAAGAAAACUUUUCGCCGAAAACAAAAAUGAUAGCAACGAUGCAGUAUUUGGCAGUGAACAUAUCGAAGAACAAAAAUACUUAAAGUCCGAAACAGCUUCGUUGCAUAAAAUCAAAUCAGCUUAUGCUGGAACAUGUCUGAAUAUGACAUCAACGCCUAAUUCGGAAAGCGCGAUGAGAGAUAAGGGGAAUUCUAUUACACACGCAGCGAGAUGUUCGCCGCUUAGACAUUCGUUUGUUAAAAACGUUUGUAAAAUUUCCGGGUUCAUCAAAGAAAAAUUUAAGGAUUGUUCUCUUAUUGAGAGUCAAGCAGACGAAGGUUCGAAAGCCAACGGUGUCAGACCAUCGCUUCUUAGUUCAGAGAUCACCUUUAACAAUUCUCCAACUCAGACGAAUAGUCGAACAAGCUCACCGGACAAACUGGUCGAGUAUCCUUCGAAUUUCUCAACACCAAAAUUAACACGAAAGUACCAAAGCAAACAGCAAAAUUUCAUCAGUUCUGUACGCCUACCUCUUAAAAACCGCCGCGCAAGUGUUCAUGAAAGCGAAUCACGGCGGGCUUCAGGAGUUAUGCAAGCAAUUCAAGAGAAUCAACCUUUAAAACACUAUGACGUUUGGUCCACUUCGCCUAAAGAUUCGUCAAUAUCGGUACAACAGUUUUCUGACGCUAACGCUGACAAGACAUCAACAUUUUGGAUGAAAUCAGGCGAUUUUUUGUUAACUCUUGAUAUAUAUUAUGUUGAAUCUGAGAAGCUACGUUUUCAUUAUGAUAUGCUUUGCCAAGAAAGCGGCAAAAAUCAAACAGUGCAUUUUGGAAUUGACAAUUAUAAAUUUUCGAUACAUGAAACAACACAAAAUGAAAGCCGUUUGUCCUCACCAAAGUUAUCAUCGCACUAUUGGUUUGCUACCGAUAACAUAGCGAUACCGUUCAGCGGCAAACCUUUAAAUGGUUUAAAAAUAAAACGAAUCUUUGGUUUCGUUAGCUCUUCAGUUUUGGAGACUGGACUUUUGCGUUUUGGUGUAGAUCACAUGGAAUUCUCAAAAAUACCAGAAUUCGUACUAGACACACAACAUUUAUCUUUAGAAAGCAAUUGGAGUCAGCUAAUCGGCUUGCAAGCGGGUUACAGUAAUGGUUUGGAAGGACGUGGUCAGUAUGCUUGGCCCUCAACGAAGUUCAUCUCUGAAGAAAACGACAAUGAAGAAAGAGAUGAACUGUCAUGUCCACUUAAUGCUAAUAAUUCCGUUUUAUGUGAUUUGAACGUUGAAUCAUUCAGCAUACAAAGCAAUUAUGAUGCUAUGCUGGAUGCGGACUCACAAUAUUGUUCCGAUUCUUUGGACAAUGUAUUUAAACGCAACGACAUCACUUAGCGUUCGAUCUUGAAACCAUUUGCUUAACCAAUUAAACUGAUUAAUGUAAGGACACGGACGAUGUAACAAGACUUAAAAAAUAUUUUC